AGAUACGUUCCCCCGGAUUUCGAUCCCCGUCAAAAUUCUACCCUGAACGCUCAUCAAGGUAAAAAACAUGCUUUGGGGAAAAGAGCGAAAGAUAUAGAUAAAGGUAUUUUGAUAGUUCGGUUCGAAUUACCGUUCAAUAUUUGGUGUGGGAGUUGUGGGGCUCAUAUAGGUGCUGGAGUUCGUUAUAACGCUCAAAAAAAGAAAGUUGGGAAUUAUUAUUCUACUCCUAUUUUCGGAUUUAGAUGUAAAUGUCAUCUUUGUUCAGGAUGGUUUGAAUUACGGACGGAUCCCAAGAACGCAGCUUAUAUCGUACAUGAAGGAGCUAGGAAGAAAGAUGAAGAUUGGGAUCCUUCUGCUAAUGGAGGUUAUGCCGUACAUGACAACGAAGCACCUUCGGCCUCAGAACCUCCAGCCGAUCCAUUUGGUCACGUAGAGAAAACUAUCAAUCAACAAAAAUGGGCGAAAACAAAUUCUUCCCGUCUCACCGAACUAUCACAUCAAUCAGAUCGUCUAUCUUCUGACCCUUAUCUCGUUUCGUCAGCUUUACGUCGACGAUUCCGAGAGGAAAAGAAAUUACUUUUGGAGAAACAGAAUAGGGAUGAUGGAUUACGAGAACAAUAUGGGUUGAAUGGUGAUGUUGAUUUAGGAGAAGAAGAUGUGGAAGAUGCUAGAGCUUUAUGGGAGGUGAAAAGGGAGAGAGCGGGAUUACCUGUUGGUCCGUCAUCUACUGAUCGUGAGCCAGGAAUGGAGGACGAAGAAGAGUUGUCAGAUGGAGGAAUAGAGGAGGUAGUGGAAGAAAAGAUGAAAUUGAAGGAUGGAAAGGGAAAACCGGAUUUGGGAAGUUUGUUGAGAAAAUCUACAGCAAGGAAAUAUGAUCCUUUUGGAGCAACGACAGAUAUGCUCUUUGGUUUUGGGCCUCCGAAGAAGACGAUAUCAAAGACUAAGCAGAUGUCGAGUGAGACGCAAGGUGCUCAAGAGGUCGUACCAGGGGGAAUCGCGUUUUUAGCGGGGUAUGAAAGCGAUUAG